CAGGGUCUUGACAAGGAGGUCUUCCAAAUAUCUCCAACUGGAUCUCGCGCUCCAAUUCCAGCCUCAAGCGCAAGCCUAGGAAGAUGCUCGAUGACAGCAUUGAGCGUGUGCUGGACGUCAUAAGGGAAGAGGAGGGCGGCAGCGACGAGGAAGAGCUUGCUCCCAUCGACGCAGAUUUUGUCGACGCCAAUGCCGAGCAAGAAGCCGCCGAUGCGAACGCCAUGAACAGGGCGCUUGUCAGCGGGUGGGACGUCCCCAAGACCUCGACGCCGGCUGAUGGCUCCGAGGCGCCGACGAAGAAGCGGGACGGCCAGAGACAGCCAAACGGCGAACCAGUGAAGAAGAAGCGAAAGGUGGCGCUGGCAGCCGAAGAAAUUAGCACAGCUCCCCCGAGCCAUAUCCGACUCGAGGACGUCGGAGGCGUGGACAAUGUCAAGCAGCAGCUGAAAGACCACCUUGUGCUACCGUUGCUAUGUCCAGAGGAGUAUGCGAAGCGCAAGAUACCCAUUCCUCGGGGUAUCCUGCUGCACGGCCCGCCUGGGUGCGGUAAGACGGUCAUCUCGCGUGCUUUUGCCGCGAAACUUGGAGUGCCAUUCAUUGAAAUUCUGGGUCCCUCGAUCGUAUCGGGCAUGUCUGGAGAGUCCGAAAAGCAAGUGAGAGAGCAUUUUGAAGAGGCGAGGAAACACGCGCCGUGCUUGAUGUUCAUCGACGAAAUCGAUGUCAUUGCACCAAAACGUGAUACAUCUCAGAGUCAAAUGGAGAAGCGCAUCGUGGCGCAACUACUUAUCUCCAUGGACAGCCUUGCAAUGGAAGCAAAUGAUGGGAAGCCGGUGAUUGUUUUGGCGGCUACUAACAGACCAGACAGUCUGGAUCCCGCACUGAGAAGAGGUGGCAGGUUUGACACGGAGAUCAACAUGGGCGUGCCCAACGAAAAGAUGAGAGAGCUCAUCCUGAAGGCGCAGACUCGCGAGACCGAAACAGCGUCUGACGUUGACUUUGUCAAGCUUGCAAAGAUGACCCCAGGUUUCGUGGGCGCCGAUCUUAGGGAUCUUGUAGGCAAAGCUGGUACGUGGUCUAUGGACCGUUACAGAGAAGCACUGGAAAGGCAAGCCGCUACAACUGAGCCUUCCGAGAUGGACAUCGACGAUGGAGAGAAUCCGCUCCAGACCUCGGAAAUGGAUAUGUCCAUCACUCGGCUUGUACAGCGUGUGAAAGACAAAAGCAUCCCGCGGCCCGAAGGAUUUGAGAGUACGGCUAUUACUAUGGAAGCUUUUCUUGCAGUCCUGCCGGGAAUCCAGCCAUCGUCCAAGCGCGAAGGGUUCGCCACCAUUCCGGAUACUACUUGGGCGGAUAUCGGCGCUCUGGAAGUGAUUCGCGAGGAGCUACAAACCGCUGUGGUCGAGCCAAUCCUGCAUCCGGAGAGAUACAAAGCCGUUGGUAUUACUGCGCCUACUGGCGUUUUACUCUGGGGCCCUCCUGGUUGCGGAAAAACGCUUCUGGCAAAGGCAGUGGCGGCAGAGUCAAAGGCAAACUUUAUCAGUGUCAAGGGUCCCGAAUUGCUCAACAAGUAUGUCGGAGAGUCUGAGCGUGCUGUUCGUCAGGUUUUCAUGCGCGCACGCUCUUCCGUGCCCUGUGUGAUCUUCUUCGACGAGCUCGACGCUCUGGUUCCGCGCCGCAAUGAUGCACUGUCCGAAGCCUCUGCUCGCGUCGUCAACACGCUCCUCACUGAGCUCGACGGCUUGUCUGCCCGUGAAGGCAUCUACGUCAUUGCGGCCACCAACCGCCCCGAUAUGAUUGACGACGCCAUGCUGCGACCCGGCCGCCUGGAGACGCUCUUAUUCGUGGGCCUGCCAGGACCAGAAGAGCGUGUUGAGAUCCUCAGGGCGCUCAUCAGAAAGACUCCGAUUGACGUCAGCUUGGCUGACAUAGCAAGAGCAUGCGAAGACUUCAGCGGUGCGGAUCUGGGAAGCUUGCUGCGUAGGGCGGGCCAAAACGCACUCAAGAGGGGUAGCGGACAGGUUGUUUUAGCGGAUUUCGAGAAGGCGAAGACCGAUAUCAGACCCUCAGUGGGUGAUAUGAGGAAAUACGAGAAACUAAAGGAGAAGCUGGCAACGAGAAUUUAAGGGCGACUGAUGAUGGGAGUAGAACAGAUGUUCGAUACCAGGCUCCACGCCCUGGGCUAGUGGAAAAGAGGAAGACACUCGCAUGACUGUAUGGAAUAUCCUGUC